AUGUGCAUGCAGCCACAGUGUGGUGCUGCAUCAUACAUUAUCCUCGCUGCUGCUGCUGCUGCCGCUGCUGCUGCUACAGCUGCUGCUGCUGCUGCCGUUGCUGCAGUGCAGCAACAGCAGCAGCAGCAGCAGCAGCAGGUGUACAGUUUGUCUUUUGGUGAAUUGCACAGCACCAAGCGAACCAAGGACCCAGAGGCAACGCCGAGAUGCAGCAGCAGCAGCAGCAGCAGCAGCAGCAGCAGUAGCAGCAGCAGCAGCAGCAGCAAUAGGAGCAGCAGCAACGACAGCAGCAGCAGCAGGUUGAUGGGGAAUCAAGGAAGCUUUGGUGCUGCAGCGAAAGACAGCCAACAGCGCCCAGCCGUUCGCUUCUCCGAAGCUCAGCAGCAGCAGCUGCAGCAGCAGCAGCAGCAGCUGCAGCAGCAGCAGCAGCAGCAGGAUUGUUCGUAUGCUCAAGGGCCUUCGGCUGUCUCUGCCGAGAGAUGGCGUGACAACACUGGUGUGUUAUCAGGGCCUUCGGCUGUCUCUGCCGAGAGAUGGCGUGACAACACUAGCAGCAGCAGCAGCAGCAGCAGCAGCAGUGACCGCAGCAGCAGCAACAGCAGCAGCAGAAACAGAAGCAGCAGCGGAGUUGAACAGGCAGCAGCAAACAACAUUCAGACAGGAGAUACGGCCAGUUCCUUCACUGCUGCUGCUGCUGCUGCUGCUGCUGAUCAGCAGCAGCAGCAGGAAGAGCUGCUGCAGCAGGAGGCGGAUGCUGCGCCCUUGGCUCAGCAGCAGCAGCAACUGAAGCAGCAGCAGCAGCAGCAGCAGCUGAGACAGCAGCUGCUGCACGACCAGCAGCAGCUGCUGCUGCAUCCAGGAGACCCUGCUGCUGCUCCCGCCUCCUCAACUACCGACAGCAGCGGCACCACUUCUGCAGCAGCAGCAGCAGCAGCAGAAGCAGCAGCAGCAGCAGCAGCAGCAGCAGCAGCAGGUGUUUGCCCAGGUGCAGCACAACGCGGGGAUGCAGCAAGCGCAUCAACAACCACCAGAUCCUCCGUGACGCAGCAGGAGCACGAGCUCGAGCAGCAGCAGCAGCAGCAGCAGCUGCAGCAGCAGCAGCAGCAGCAGCAGGAGGAUGCAGAUUUGUGGGUGAAAGGGCAGCAGCAAGCGCAGCUGGCGCUGCAGCAGCUGCAGAAUGUGCAGCAGCAGCUGCAUGCGAUGGGGGAGCAGCAAACUGUCCUCGCGAGGAAAGCUCUAGCGAAGCACUCAACGGAGAGCUCAGAGCUGCUGCAGCAGCAGCAGCAGCAGCAGCAGCAGCAGCAGCAGCAGCAGCAGGUUCAGGGUGAAUUAGGAGGCACAGUACAGCAGCAGCAACACAGAAGAGACAGCAGCAAAAGCAGCUGCUCCACCGAGUCGCCUCUGCAGGAUUCUGUUUCACCGCAGCAACAGCAGCUGCUGCAGCAGCAACAGCAACAGCAGCAGCAGCAGCAGCAGCAGCAGCAGCAGCAGCGGCAGUCUUCAUGGUGGCCUGCAGGCCCUUGGAAUGAAACACUCUCCUCCCCGAUGGGCUUCGCGAGAACAGAUUUAUCUUCUUGGCCUUUCUCUCAGCCGCAGCAGCAGCAGCAGCAGCAGCAGCAACAGCAGCAGCAGCAGCAGCAGCAGCAGCAGCGGCAGCAUAGCAGCAGCAUCCCCGAUUUUGGUAGUCGGGGCUGGUUGCUGGGUUCUGGUGAGCAGCUACUGCAGCAACUGCAGCAGCUGCAGCAGCAGCAUCAGCAACAAACAGAUAUAAUAACAAGCAGCAGCAGCAGCAGCAGCAGCAGCAGCAGCACGAGCGGGAGAAGCAACAGCAUGCAAGCUCUCACAACCAAAGACAGCUUCUCUGCUGCUCUUGCUUCUAUUGGGUCUUUUGUUGAGAGUUUAGGGUGGAACCUAACACCAGCAGCAGCAGCAGCAGCAGCAGCAGCAGGAGCAGCAACGCCUCCUGCUGCUGCAGCAACACGUGCUGCAAGCACAGAUACUGCGGGCCUCGCUGCUGCUGCUGACCACCAGCAGCAGCAGCAGCAGCAGCAGCAGCAGCAGCAGCAGCUAGCUCAUGAGGCAGAAUCUCCUGCUGCAGGGGCAGCAGCAGAUCCUAAGCUGUAA